UGCAGAAAGGGUGGAGGGGGCGGGCUUUCUCGUUUUGUUUCUGAAGUCCAGGAUCUUGGAAUCCUCCUCAGGCUGGGUCUCUUCCGGUGUGGACGCUGGCUCGGCCUCGCCGCAUCCGUUUGCCCUGCGUCUGGCGGGUGCCGGGCCAUCCACGGGAGGACACGGACGCAGCAGACGCCGGGCCACAAUGGAACCAUUGACCUUCAAAGAUGUGGCCAUUGAUUUUUCUGGAGAGGAAUGGGAAUGCCUGAACUCUGAACAGCAGAAUUUGUAUAAGGAUGUGAUGUUAGAAAACUACAGGAACCUGGUCUUCUUGGGUCUUGCUGUGUCUAAGCCAUACCUGGUUACCUGUCUGGAGCAAAGGAAAGAGCCCUGGAAUGUAAAGAAGCAAAAGACAAUGGUCUUGUUCCCAGCUAUGUUUCCUCAUUAUGACCAAGACUUUUCACCAGAGCAGAAUAUAAAAUAUUCAUUCCAGGAACUGAUCAGUGGAAGCCAUAGGAAUUGUGGCCUUGACAGUUUGUACUUUAGAGAAGAAAGGGAAAGUAUUGAGGGGUGUGAAGUCCAGAAGACCUAUGAUAAUGGACAUAACCCUAACCAGUUUGUGACAGCUGGUAAUAGGAAAAGCUGUACUCCCGGUAGAGGGCAAGACCAUGAAAUGGUUCAGGAAAACUCUCACACAAUGCCAGUUACUUGUGAACAGCCAUGUGCUUCUGUCAGCAAACAUCAGAAUCAGCCUUUGAAAUGUACCUCUUCUUUCAAAGAUAAUCUGGGAAAUAUACAAACGGACCUAGUCCAUUCCUCUGUUAAUGACUUUAACAACUUCAAAUGUAGCUUUGGGCUAAGCUUUCAUUCAAACAUUUUUGUAGAUGGGGAACUUAAAAAUGAAGAAAGAAUUUCUAAAUGUAAUCAAUUUGAGAACUCCAAUGUAAAAAAUUCACUAGUAUAUGAUCAGCAAAUAGGUCUUUCAUAUGCCAAAACACAGAAUUUCCAUAAAUAUGGCAGGUUCUUUACACAUCCAGUAUCACCUAAUCAAAAUUCAAAUACAGAUAUUUUAGAAAUCCAGUAUAUAUGUAAAGAAAAUAGGAAGGCCUUUACUGAUGAGUCUACCUUAAGUAAUCACCAGGGCACGUACAUUGGAGAGACAGUAUAUCAAUGUAAUGAAAAUGAUAGUGACUUAACCCACGUGCCAAAUCCUGCUAAUCAUCAGUCUGCUCAUUUUCCAAAGAACUUUUAUAAGUGUUACAAAUGUGACACAGUCUUUCAUCAAUACUCAGAACUUAUCAUCCACCAGUAUAUCCAUAUUCAAGAUCAAAUUUCCAAGGGUAUGGAUUGUAACACAGCUUUCAAUAAAAGUUCCAGCCUUACUAGAAGUCACACUGGAGAAAAACCCUACAAAUGUAAGGAAUGUGGCAAAGCCUUUACCUAUUGUUCAAGCCUUAGACAGCAUCAUAGAAUUCAUUCUGGAGUCAAACAUCACAAAUGUAAAGAAUGUGGCAAAGCCUUUUACCAUAAAUCACUCCUUACCCAACACCAGAGCAUUCAUGCCGGAAAGAAACCCUACUGCUGUAAAUUCUGUGGCAAAGCUUUUAAUCAAAGAUCAACUGUUACUCAGCACCAGCGGAUUCAUACUGGGGAGAGGCCCUACCACUGUAAAGACUGUGGCAAAGCUUUUCAUCAGAGAUCAAGCCUUAGCCUGCACCAGAGAGUUCAUACCGGAGAGAAGCCCUACAAAUGCAAAGAGUGUGGCAAAGCCUUCAACCGCAAUUCACUCCUAACGCAACACCAGAGAAUUCAUACUGGUGAAAAGCCCUACCACUGUAAAGAUUGUGGCAAAGCAUUUAAUAAAAAGUCAAGUCUUACUCAACACCAGAGAAUUCAUACUGGAGAGAAGCCCUAUUCUUGUAAAGACUGUGGCAAAGCCUUUAAUCAAAGAUCAAGUCUCAGCCUACACCAGAGAGGUCACACUGGAGAGAAACCCAAUAAAUGUAAUGAAUGUGGCAAAGCCUUUAACCGUGUUUUUUUCCUUACUCAGCACCAGAAAAUUCAUACUGGAGAGAAGGCCUACCACUGUAAAGACUGUGGCAAAGCUUUUAAACAGAGAUCAAGCCUUACUCAACACCAGAGAGUUCACACUGGAGAUAAGCCCUAUCUUUGUAAGCACUGUGGCAAGGCCUUUACUCAAAGGUCAAGCUUUACUCGACACCAGAGAAUCCAUACUGGAGAGAAGCCCUACAAGUGUCAAGAUUGUGACAAAGCAUUCAGUCGUAACUUACUUCUUAUUCAACACCAGAGAAUUCACACAGGAGAGAAACCUUACCAUUGCCAAGAUUGUGGCAGAGCAUUUAAUCAGAGAUCAAGCCUCACUCAGCACCAGAGAGUUCACACUGGGGACAAACCCUUUUGUUGUAAAGACUGUGGCAAGGCCUUUACUCAGCGGUCAAGCUUUAACCGACACCAGAGAGUCCACACUGGAGAGAAGUUGUACAAAUGUAAACAGUGUGACAGCACCUUUAACUGCAGUUCCCACCUUGCCGAACACCAGUGCGCUUCCUUAGGCAGCUGCUUCCAAGACACAAAGUUUCUCCAAUAUAUGUGAGUUAUUGUUCUGUUAAAGCCAGUUAGCAAACACAGAUGGAUUUAUUUUUAAGACAUGUAAUGUGCUUGAUUAUAUAAAAGAUAUUUCUCUCUGUUGUUGUAAUACCUUACUGGAUUUGCCAGAAUCACAUUCUGGUUUAAUUGAGUAAUAUUUUGCUUUCUUGUCAUUUUGUCAACUGGUUUUGUGUAAAUAAUUACAUUCUCAAGUGUAUUUCCCAAACACUGUACAGAAUGUAUACAUAAAACUUAUGCUGUUACGCAGGGAAACCCUGUCUCGAAAUAUGGAAGAAAAAAACCCCCAAAUCAUACAUUGUCCAAUGUAUACAUGAGACUGUAUACCAGGCUUCACACUAGAGUGGUUUUUGGCAGGUACCAUUCAGAGUCUCCCUAUGACUUAACAGUCCCAUCUCUAAGUUGUGUAGCGUAGAGCUUGGCUGUCUCCUCCGGUUUGUUUACCAUGUCUUCCACAGCACAGUUAAGAUGACAUUCUCCAUGAAGAUAACUACAGUAAGCAGCUUUAACCCUGCAUGUAUCCUAUUUUCUUCAGCCGUGAAACUGAGAAACCAUAGAGCCCAGACAGCAAAAAAGAAAAAAACUUCAAGUACAUAUUGAAUUGGUCUGAGGAUCUUGACUUUUGAGUCUAUUGCUAAAACAACUGCAAAUACAUAGCUGGUGCAUGCUGAAUCCACACUUUAUAAAAUUAAACUACAUUGGGGGAGGGCUGUUAUGUGCUGCAGCAUGCAUGUGAGAGUCAGUAGGUAAUUUAUAGCCAGUUGUCUAUCAUUUUGUUUUUGGAAGUGGAGCUCAGCUUGGCUCAUCCGGCUUCUACAAGCAUCUUUGUCCGAGUCAUCUCUUCAGUAACUGGACUUUAGGGUCUAGGACUUUUCUGGCAUGACUAGAACAACCUGUAUUCUAUAGAACCCCACUGUUUUCCACCCUGCUGUAAUUUCAAAGUUAAGCAGACCAACUACAAUUUCAGCACAGUGUGUAUCAUCUCCCUGUGAUUUGAAGACGUGACAUAUUUAAAAAUGAGAAUGUACAGAAAAUGUAGGGAAAUAGUUUUAUGUUGAGAAUUCAAAACAGACUCCAUAAAGCUAAAGGCCUUUUGGGGUAAGUCUCUCUACAGUAGAGAUGUUGUUUUCCUCAGCUGAUGGAGGUGCAGUUCUGUCACUGUCGAAGAUUUUUACUGGAGCUGUUUAAUUCUCUAUGUUGGCCUAGCGUCAACCCGGGUCUCACCUGCCUGACCAUUCUUUGUGCAAAGUCCAGGAUCACUGAGAACUAUCUAACUGCACCCAGGACCUGCCAAUGUUUUAGGGGUUCAGAUUGCCCACUUGAUUCAGGAUAACAAUAUGUCAGAAAGAGAAAUGAAUCAGAAUUCCUUCAAAGAAGCAGUUUUGGUUCUAUAGAGGAAUCAUUCCAGUUUUCUGGUACUCAAAUAGGGAAACCUGUGGUCACCUACAGGCAAAAUAUACUCAAUAAAUACAUUUCUUCACAUAGCUCUUCUUUACAAGACUAUAACAAGACAUACAUGUACACACAAAGCUGUCAUGACUGGAAACUUAGAAAACUUCAGUGUAAAGCAAGUGGAUAAAUAACUAAAUUUUGUAUGAUGUGAUAAGUAUGAAGAAGGGAAGGAGUUAUUGAUAAAUUUGAAUUUUUUGGAAAAGAUUAAUUUAUUGUAUUGUACAUCCGAUACGCUUCCACAAAGUCAUUUUCUAGAAGAGUUGUUAUUUUUGUGUUGCUUUUACCUUGUUGGAAGAUUUAGACUCUUAAUAGAAUUAUCUUAGGGAAAUUUGAAGUUAUGUUAACUUGGCUGUUUUGUGAUAUUAAGUUGGAAAAUUAUUAUAGUUUGCUUUCUGUUGCUGUGAUAGAUAACCAUAACCAAAAGCAGCUUGGGAGGAAAUGGUUUUUUAGCUUCCUUUUCCAGGUAGCAGUCUGUCAUAGGGAUGUCAGGAUAGGAGCUAAGGCAGGAGCAGAGGAUGGAAAUGUGGAAGAGAGAUGCUCAUUGGUUUGCUCCUCCUGGCUCCUUCCCGAAAACAUGCCAGGACUACUGGUCCUUGGGUGGCACUGUCCACAGUAAACUAGGUCCUCCCACAUCAGUCAACAAUCAAAACCCAUUACAGACACGGUUAGACCAUUCUGAUCUGGGCAAGUUCUCAGGCCCUCAGCUGAGACACCCUUUCCGCUUGAGUCUUGGUGUGUCAAGUUGACAAUAAAAACAACCAAGGAUGGUAAAGUGAAAGGACAAGAGAGUAGCUACUGUAGCAGUACAGUGACCAGACGCCUGCAUCCGAUGCUCAGAAGGUAGUCUGAGGCCCUGCUCACCUUGAGGUCAACCAGCUGUCAGAAGAAGAAACAAUGGGUUAGCACAUUCGGUGGAUGCCCUGGCCUCAAACUUUUCCCAGGCCUAAAAGAAGAUAGGUCUGUUUGAUGGGACGGCACCGUGGUUUCUCAUUAAGUCUGUAUCCAGAAAUGUUCUCUCAGAUACUCUGCGUUUUGAUUCCAGAACGUCUAGUAGCUGCUCCUAAUGCAAACGACAAGUAGAUACUCAGUAAAAUUUCCUCUGAACUUAGGAAUUUUCCUUUGUCCCAUUUAUGGUUAGUUCUUAAUUCUCUGCAUGAAAAAUAAAUGAGUGGCAUGGAAACAGUAGCAACAAUUGGUUCUAAACAGUACCCAAAUUCUAGGUCUUUUUUUUUUUGGUUUUUCGAGACAGGGUUUCUCUGUGGCUUUGGAGGCUGUCCUGGAACUCGCUCUGUAGACCAGGCUGGUCUCGAACUCACAGAGAUUCGCCUGCCUCUGCCUCCCGAGUGCUGGGAUUAAAGGCAUGUGCCACCAACGCCCGGCCAAAUUCUAGGUCUUAUGUUAAGGAAUGCAAAUAAUAUGAAGUCUCCAGCUCACAGUUUCACAAUGUGCUGUGAGCACACAACACCUACUUAAAUGGACAUUUUUAAGUGACUAUCUCCAUCUGUCUUCCAAAUGGUAACUCACGGACAGGUGGCUACAGCAAAUUUUAAAGAAGCAAAGAAUGCUGUAAGAUUUAUAAUAUCCGCUGAGAACCAGGAAUAUGUGUUUUGUGAACAGAUACUUUGCAUGAGUUUUGCACUGUGCUUUUUUCCAGUGUAGUGCUACACAUGGUGGAUGUAAACACCAACAAGGAGCUUCCUUAGGAUGCUGGUCAUGAGUGCCCCCCCUAGUUCCAUCCAACUCACAGACUCACAAUUCCUUAAAUUGGGCUCUUAUGAUAUCACAUGAUGUUUCUUCCGUCAAAUGCAAAGUCACUAACAUAGGUCCACAAGGUAGUCUGCCUGUUUGUUUUUGUGCCAGUGCCAUGCUGUUCUUUUAAAUUUUCUUUGAGAAUUUCAUAAAUAUGUUUUGAGCAUGUUUUUACUCCCACAUCCUCCCCAAUCCCACUCGGUUGCUGUUAGGAGUGUAUAGUAUAGUUUGAUAAUGCUAUUUCUAGCAAUACCUUUCCUACUCAAGAUUAAGUUAUUUGGGGGCAUUUUUUGUUUUCAUACACAUUUUAGGAUUUAAAUAUAUUUCUAUAAAGAAUGUUGAGAAUUUUGAUUAAAAUUGCAUUGAAUCUGUGUAUCACUUUUGGUGCUAUGAAUUUAGCACAACAGUGAGUACGGGAGGUCUUCCUGUCUUUAGUGACUUGUGCACUUUUGUUGUAGAGGUGUUUAACAUGUUUGGUUAAGUUUACAAAUCCUAGGUGUUUUGUGUUUGUGUCCAUAUACAUGUGAGCAUGUGGAGGCCAGAUGUAAGCCUUAGGUGUUAGUCCUCCUCCUCCGGUGCUGUCCACUUUGUCUCCCUGGUGUGGAAUUCAGCAGGUAGGACUAGGCUGGUUGUCGGCAACCCCUGAGAAGUGCUUUCUUGUUCCCACUACUAAGAUUUGGGCACACACUACCAUGUAUGUACUUACUUACAUGGCUUCUGGGGCUUGAAUCCAGGGCUUCAUGCCAACUGCUAUUUCCCCUACACCUAGGCAUGUUUCUGAAGAUACCACGGAUGGUGUUUUCCUAACUCCUAGUUCAUGAAGUUUGCUGGUGCAUGGAGAAAAGUGAUUUUUGUGUGUUGGAUUUGCGUCUUGCUUCUUUGCAGAAAUUACCAGAUGUAAGAAGCAUCUGGGACUUUUGGGUGUUUUAAGUAUAGUAUAUUUUCUACCAGUCACUUAUUUAAUUUCCUUUGUUGUAUCCCUUCAUUUCCCUUACUGCGGUGGCUAGGAUUUCAGCAACUACUUUGAUCAAGAGUGGCUAGAAUGGACUUGUAUCUCCUUCCUUUUUUUUCCCAUGCAGUGUAGUACUGGCAGUAGUUUUCAUGUGUUGAAAUAUGACCCUUCUCUUCAAGACUAGUUUCUUCAGGACUUCUAUCAUGAGUGCUGAAUUGUGUCAGAGGUCAUUUUCAGUAUCCAUUAAAGUGACCAUGUGGGCUUUGUCCUCAUUUCUCUAUUGAUUUGUGUAUACUGAACCAUUUUUCAUCCCUAAUGUGAAACCAAGUUGAUGGCAUACGAUCUUUUUGCUGUGUUCUUGUAUUGAGUUUGCAAGCAUUUUAUUGGGGAUUUUUGCAUGUAGGCUUGUCAUGAAGGAAAUUGGUUUGUAGUUCCCUUUUCCCCUCCCUCCCUACCCAGGUUUUUCUUAGCAGGGGAAUGAGUUUGAAAAUACUCUCAUUUUUAUUUUUAUAGAAUAUUUUGAGAGACAUUGGUAUUCGUGUUCUUUAAAUGUCUGGUGGAAUGCUGCAGUGAAGCCAUUGUAGUCCUUGGUUUUCUUUGUUGGACAAUUAUUACUACUUCCAUCAUAUUGUCAGUGACAGAUUUCUUUAGUUUCUUUUACCCUUGUAAUGACUGUGUGUCCAUAAGAACAUUCUAUGUUUUUCAAUCUACUGAAAUAUAUUUGUAUAUUGUCUGUGUAUUUCAUAGUAUCUUGAAGUAUCAUAGAAGCUUGGAUUUCAGUAGUAUCAGUUUUGUUUGAUUUUUUAAUUUAUUCGUUUCCAGUUUUCUCUCUUACUUGUGUCACUGAGGCUGUUUUCCCACUUUAUCUUUUCAAGCAGGUCGCCCUCCAUUUUGAUCCUUCAUGAUUUUCUCUUUUCCCAUUUCAUUAAUUUGAGAUCGGAACUUAGUAUUUCUUUCUGUAGAUGUUAGGUAUGGCUUAUUCUUGUUUUCUGCAACCUAGAGAUGGCAUCGGUGGGUUAUUUACUUGAUGUCUCCUUAAUGUCCCUACUCAUGAGUAUGUAAGUUUCUUUCUUAGAAUUGAUUUUGCUGUAGCUCACAGACUCUUAUAAGUGUUUUUUUAAAUUUUCAUUUGAUUCUACCAAGUUUUAAUCCUGAUUGAUCAUUCAAUAGCACAUUGUUUAAGUUUAAUGUGUUAGUUUUAUUUUCUCUUUCUGUUGAUUUCUGGGUUAUGCCAUUAUGAUCUGAUGGAAUAUAAGAAGUUAUUCAGUAUUUUUUAUUUGUUAGGAUUUGCUUUAGGGUCUGAUGUAAACUGUUUUGGAGAAAGUUUCCUGGACUGCUGAAUUCAAUGUGUAUUCUGCAGCUAUUGGAAUAUUCUUUGUGUGAGUCUUGAGUCUAGGCUGUUUGGCCUUUGGUACAUGUUAAAGUUUACUAAUAUUUUGUCUAGGUGCUUUGUGUAUUGAUGAGAGUGGGAUGUUGAAAUUAUCUACUAUUGUAUCUGGAUUUAUCUGUUCUUUAUGUCCAAUAGUGUUUGUUUUAUGAAAUUGUCCCGCCAGUAUUCACUGUGUGUGUAUGUACACAAUUGUUUUAUCUCCUUGAUGAAUUGUUCCCCUUAUUAGUAUUUAAUCAUUUCUAGUUUCAACUAAUUUUGCUCUGAAAUCUAUUCAGAUAUUAGUAUAGUCCAAAUAGCCAUUUUCAUAGAAUAUCAUCUUCCAUCUUUUCAGGCUGUGUUUCUUUGCCAUUGAUGUUUAUUUCAUGCAGGUAGCAAAAAUUGAAUCCUUUUUAAUUUAAGGAGCCAGCCUGAUUUAAUUAGAUAUCUAACACUGUUUACAUUUAGGUUUGUUAUUGAAAGAUACAUACUAAUUUCUAUUUUUUCUGGUUGUUUGGAAUACUCUAUUAUUUUCUUCCAAAUUAAUCAUAGCAUAUUGAUGCUUUCAUUGUGACCCUGUUUCUAUCCUAAUUAUCAUUUGUUUACUAAGAUUUAUUCCUUCUUAAGCUCUUAGUUUUGUAUGUAUUAUUUUCUUAGUGUAGGAUUCCUUUACAUACUAUUUGCAAUACUGGCUUAAUGGUGUAGGAUUAUUUUAGUUUACAGUUUUCUUGGAAGGCUUUAUUUCUCCACUGAUUUUAAAAUAUAGUUUCCUUGUAAGCUUUACUGUGGGUUGGUAGCUGUUUUCUUUUUCAGGGUUUGAAAUAACAUCAUUCCCUGUUACCUUGGCCUAGAGAUUUUGCUGAGAAUUCUAUUGUUUUGACCAGUUUUCCUUCGUAAAUAACUAGAGGCUUCUUUUCUUGGAGCUUUCAGUGUUCUGUUUGGUGCUCAUGGGAUUUUACUAGAAUGUUACAGAGAGAGGUGGAUAUCCAUAUAGUUCUUUAGAUUUGAGGUAUUUUCAGCUACUUUAUGAAAUAGGUUUUAUGUGUUUUAGGCAGUAUUUCAGCACCCUCUUCUAUACAAAAGAUUCAUAAAUUUUGUCUCUUAAUUGUGUCCCACAAGUCUGGAAUAGUAUGACCAUGAUCUCACAUUUUUAUUACUCUCUGAAUGCAAGAAUUCAUUAGCUUUGUGCUCAGUCCCUCAUAGUCCUUUGCCUUGCUCUAGUCUAUUGGUGAAGCUUCCUGUGGAGUUCAUUUUUUUAAGCUUUCCAAGAUCUUUUCCCAGAGCAUCUUAUUUCUUCUCUUUGCUUAGUUUCUCAUCCAAGUUCUGAUUAAUUUUUAAAAGUUUUUUUCUUUUAAAGUUAUUGAUCAUUUCUUCCCAUAGGCUUUAGAAUAUUUUGUCAGGCAUUUCAUCUGCAUCAUUAUCUUAACAUUUUAAUAUUUAUGGGUUAUUGACUUUUGGUGGAGUAACUUUUCUUGCUUUUUCAUACUGUGUUUACUUUUUUGAGACAGAUACCUUUCCCACUGUUACACGAGAGUCUUAGCAAUCAGCCUUCUCGUAAGGGCUCAAUCCAUGAAAACCUGAGAUAUGACAGUACAAAACCAAACCAAAUAUGCAAAUAUAGCAUGAAACAACAGCACACGCUACAUUUCCAAUAACAACAGAAAAGGGAUGCAAAAUAAGCUAGAUUAAAGAAAUGGAAAACUAAUAGUUUGAAAGUGAAUGGUGGGAGGGAAAAAGAAGAUAGGAAGAAAACUGCCAGAUCAGACUUGAGGAAAGAGUGAGGGGAAGCAGUGCAAUGAGAAUGAAAAGUAAAAUCUCCCGCGCGGCAGACGUGGACGCAGCACUUUCCCAGGGCUGUUUCACAAGGUAGCCACAUGUGGGAAGCGGGAACAGUACACUGUCUUCUCUGCGGAUAGAUAAAGUAACUGGCAGUAUGGAGGCGGAUCCUUGUGUGCCUGUCAGAAUUAGCUAAGAGUGUCUACCAUAGGGUUCUCUGUAUACCAGUGUGUGCUGAUAAGGGAUACUGCAAUACUGCUAUUUAUGCAAGACUCCUGUCUUCUGAUAAUGUGGAUAGGUGUCAACAGGCACCUGAGUCACUGUCCGUGUGGCUCUGAGCAUGGGACAUAUGAAGACAGUGGGAACAUACCCUCUAUGUAUCUCUGAGCGUGGAAGUGGUGACCAAACCAAUCUGCUAGAAACAGCAAGUCUCAGACACCAAAUGAUCACCUAGCCCUGGCCAUGCUUCUCCAUCUCAACCUCAUGUAGAUGUGCACACAGCCAGUUUCACCCCCUUUGGACGGUGGACCACUGCUUUAACUAGGAAGAACCUAAGAACAGUAGUCUUGCCAUGUAGAAUUGUGGUAAGAAUUUUAAGUAACAAUUAUUUCCCAGGGGUAGCUGCCAAAUUUCCGUUAUAUCACUAGUGACUAAGCAUCAUGCUCAGGGAUCGCAGAACUGUUUUAGACCCUGCAAGCUGCCAAAUAGUGUGUUUUCAAAACUGUUAGACUUAUGUCUUGGUGUAGCCCUGCUGAGUGGCAGCUUCCAGUCUACUCACCAUCCCCCUUAGGUACAUAUUGUUAAUACUGUGUUUCCAUUACAGUGACAAGGCCUGAAAUUUCUAGAUUUAAUCUGACUGCAGUUCACUCCAAUCUGGAUGGUGGUAGCUUGAAUUGAGGGGCUUCCAAGUGGAGCCUGAUCUCUUGAGGCUGGAGAUCGCUUGGAUCUCAGACCAUCUUGCCCAUGAAAAGACAGGCAGGAGAGCCAGAAGCGCUGCUUCAGUGGGUUGGUGCAUUAAGUCUCCAGAGAAGAGGAGGAACUGGUUGGUUCCUGAGCUGGACAAAUAAGAUCUCAAGGCAAGAUGACAUCAUGGAAAAUGCUAAGCCUGCUAAAUUUGGUGUCAUGGGCAUCUAGAGACCUCCGUCAAAUGAGAGACCCACCCUGAUACAUCCCCAAGUGGACUGCGAUGAGGGCCAGGGGCACAUCAUAGGAUUCCCAAGUACUGAUGGCAGACCAGACCUUAUCCCACAAGAGCAGUGAUUACUGCUGAGCACCACACAAUAGUCCUUCACUCUACCUACUGACCCCAUUUUGUAGGUAGCCAAGUUACCAUGGUAAUAGCAACAGCAGGCCCUGGGCUUGGUGUUCAGGGUGAGGAGAACAGAGGAUGUGUCCACAAAUAUCCUCAGGUCAGGGAGCUGCUCCAGGUUGUAGAGCUGGGCUUGGCCAACAUGAAACUUCUCACUGAGGUCAAGGAAGCUUAGGUACCAGUUGCCUUGGCCUUCUGCUUCUACCGCUUCCCAGUGUAGAGAAAUAGCAAGUCCCAUUGACAAGGGACAACUGCAGCUCACUUGAAUUUUGCUAAAUCCUUCCCCAGAGAUGUGAGAUUAAAAAAAGAGAGAAAACAAUAACCACAUUGUAUCCUGAGAGUUAAACUUUUAGUGAAUUUUGCCUUAUCUAAAACCAAACAGCAGGAAAAACAAAAUCCAUUGUGAAUAAGUGAAAAUUUUCCAUUCUUCUCAAUAACCUUGGUAAAGAGCACUAAGCAACCAAGUAUGUAGAGGGAACCACCUGCUAUCUUUUCAUCAGAGAACUAACAAGUCCGUGCAGCUGGAGUCCAAUAACUAUCUGAACUAUCUAUCAUGGUGAUAACAAGAUGCAAUCGUGCUUGUCAGAUGCAUACAAAAUUAGGGUUGGGGAGGUGGGAAGGGGAAGUCUCACAUUUGCCUACCUAGGUAAAUUCUGUCUUUAGAUGUUCUAAAGACUCAAAAGAGGUUUUUCUGCAUGCAGCCCAGGCUUUACACAUUUCCAAGGGAUGUGCAGAUUUCCCCACAGAUUGUCUUUGAGGUUUGUUAAGUCUACAACUUAGGCGAGACCUUUAGAGCAAUGUUUCUCAACCUGCCCAGUGCUGUGACCUUUUAAUACAGUUCAUGUUGUGGUGGCCCCCAACUAUAAACUUAUUUUUGUUGCUACUUCAUAACUAAUUUUUACUACUCUUAUGAAACAUAUUGUAAAUAUUUUUGGAGAUAGAGGCUUGCCAAAGGGUGAUGGCCCACAGGUUGAGAACUGCUGUACUAGAGAGAAUACUUGCCCAACAACAUCUUGAACAAAUUGAGGCUAGUUAUUACUUCAGGUCUCCAUAAACAAUGAGAUUUAUAUCAAAGUACCUUCCGUGCCUCUGCUUUAUUAAAUAAAUCCGUAGUUGGCAUUGACAGGUGUCCCCAUUGCUUUGAAAUUUACAAAAGAAAAUAAUUCUGUAGAGAAUUUAUUUAGAUUCACACAUUAAACUACAAAUCUGCCAAAUGUGAUUUCUUUAAAAGGUCACCAUAUCAUGACCUAGGGAAUCAAUCGAGGAUGGGCAGUGGUUGUAAAUCUAUAUGCAUUUAUAGCCCAGCCUGGUGGCACAUUUCCAGCAUUUGGGAAACUGAAAGAAAACCAAGAAUUUGUGGCCAGCUUGAGCUACAUAGCAACAUCCUGUAUCAAAACAUGCACGUAAUAGUGAAGCACCCAACUUCAUAAAAUACAUGACCAGACUAAAAAAGAUAGGCUCAAAUUUAGUAAUAGAAGUUUCAAAAUCCUAACAACAGACAAUUAGUGAGACAAUACAUCAUGUCAUACAUUGUUAACAGGAAUUUACAAACAAACCUUAAUUCUUGUAUGUUCUGACCACAAUAGAAUGAAACUAUAAGUUAACAAAAGCUGUACUGGCUAGUUUUUGUUUGUUUUAAAUUUGACACAAGCUAGAGGCAUUUGGAAGAGGGAACUUCAACUAAGAAAAUUGCUCUUCCAUAUUGGCCUGUGUGAAAACUUCUGGACGUGUUCUUGAUGGACGACUGAUGGGGAAGGGCCCAGCUCAGUGUGGGUGGUAGCACCUUGGGUUGGCCUUGGUGCUCUAAGAAAGCAGGCUGAGCAAGCCAGUAGAGACAAGCCAGUAAACAGCUGGUCUCUACUUUUCCUGCCUCAAGUCGGCUAACAAAUUCCUGUCCCUGACUUGUUUCCAUGAUGGAUUUAAUUGUUUAAGUGUAAGCCAAAUACUGCCCCCUAAACAAGUGACUUUUGUUCAUGGUGUUUACUGUGGCAACAGAUAUCCCAAUUAAUACAGAAAUUGGUGCCAGGGUUGUGGGGUAUUGCUGUGACAGACCUAACCAUGUGUCUUUGGGGAGGUAAGAAUGUUAAGAACAGUGAAAAUUAUGAAAGUCUGGCUUGUGAAACUUUAGAGGGAAGAAAAGACUAUCAGGGCCAUUCAUGUGAUAUUAAGAACCACUUAAGUUGCUGUGUGGUGGUGGCACAAGCUUUUAAUCCCAGCACUCAGGAGGCAGAGGCAGGAGGACCUGUGAGUUUGAAGCCAGCCUGGCCUACAUAGUUCCAGGAUAGCCAGGAUUACACAGUGAAACCCGUAUCAAAAAACAACAAAUACAACACAAACAAACAAAAAGAACCACUAAAUUGAAACCUUUGAUGGGACAAUUGAUGUUGGCCAGCUGAGGCUGAAGAAUCAGCUGUGAGAUCCCUAAUGAUAUUCUGCUAUACUUAAAGACUCUAGUCUAGAAAACUUGUCAUCAGAGAGGCUUCAUUCAGCAACUAAUGGGAGCAGAUUCAGAGACCCACAGCCAGAUGUUAGGUGAGGCUUAGGGAAUCCUGCAGAAGAGGGAGAGAGGAUUGUUGUUGGAGUCAAAGGAUCAAGGACCACUAUAAGAACACAGACCACAGAAUCUCAUAGGGUCUCACAGAGACAAUCAGGGAUUCUGUAUGGGCCCUCUCUUUAUAUGUUAUAGUUAUAUAGUUUGGUGUUCUUGUGGGAUUCCUAACAAUGGGAGCAGGGGCUGUCUCUGACUCUUUCGCUUUAUUUUGGGACUCUUUCCUCCUAAGGGUUGCCUUGUCUAGUCUUGAUAUGAGGGGCGUGUCCCUAGUCUUAUUGUAACUGUUAUGCCAUGUUUGGUUGAUGUCCCUGGGAGGCUUACCCUUUUAUAAAAGGAAACGGUGGAGGAGUGGGGGAGAGGGGAAAUGUAGGAUGUGAGGCUUGGAGGAGAGGAGAGAGGAAAAACUACAGUUGGGAUGUAGUACAUGAAAGAAGAAUUAAAAAACCCAUCAUCAUUGAGGAUCAUAAACCUGGGAGCACAUUCAGGCUGUGAGUCAGAGGGGGCCAAGGCUGCAUCUCAUGUCAGCUGAGCUUGGUAAUGGUUAAGAGUUAUCCAGAUGGUACUAAUUUUGAAAUAUGAAGUGGGCAUGGAGAACAGCUGAGGCGUGGCAUCAUCCACAGGGUUAAAGUUCCUGGAGAGAGCACAGGAAAAACUAUUGGUGAAAGUUCAGCUUAGUUGAAAUAGAAAAUUCCAACGUUUUGGAAAUGCCCCUACUAUAGAAUAACUGCCAAGGACAGUCUGAACCUAAGAGACAAGCUGUGUGUACUGCCAAUGGUGGGGCCAGAGGAUCGUGCCCAGGGGUUCAUGAAUAAGUCCCAGACAUCAAGGACUAAACUGUUGGACUUUGGGUUGGCUUUGAUCUGAUUGUAACUGUGUCCUGUUUCUUCCCUCUUGGAGCAAGAACGUAUUUUAACUCAUUUUUUAAAACUUUACAGGAACUGACAGCUAUUAGACCUUAGAUAUCUUACAGGAACUUUGGUAUUUUAGAGAGACUUGGACUUGUAGGAAAAGUGGCUGUUUUAGAGAGGCCUGGAAGUUUGAGAGAAUGAGCUUUAAAAGUGGUUGAAAUGUUUUUAAAGGCAGAGAGACUUAAAAUUGGAAUGUUUCCAAUUGUGAUAUUCAUUAAUGACAAGUCUUGGGAGGAGCAACAAGGAAAGGUGAUAAUUAAACAGUAAUGUGUUUAUGUGUUAAGUUGUUCUGCUUAGUCUUUUUGUCAAUUUGACAUCAGCUGGAGUCAUUUGAGAAGAGGGAACCUUGAUUGAGAAAAUGUCCCUACAGAUUAGCCUGUGGGCAAGCCUGUGGGGCAUUUUCUUGAUUAAUGAUUAAUAUCGGAGGUCUCAGCCCACUGUGGGUGGUGCCACCUCUGAGCAGGUGGCCCUGGGUGACAUCAGGAAGCAGCCUGAGCAAGCCUCAGGGGUCAAGGCAGUCAGUAGCACUCCUCCAUGGUCUUUGCAGCAGCUCCUCAGGCUCCUGCCUUGAGUUGCUGCCCUGACUUUGUUCGGUGAUGGAAAGUGGCCUCAGAGUUGUAAGAUGAAAUAAAACCCUUCCUCACCCAGUUGUUUUUGGUUGUGGGGUUCUAUCGCAGCAACAGAAACCUUAACUCAGAAAGCUUAGAGGGUGUUAAAAUAUAUUGAGAUUAGGGAACUUUUUUUGUUCGUUUGUAACAACCUGGGUUAUUCAGAAAGCCAAAAAAGAUGCUGAAAUUUUUCAUUAAACAAAAAACUAAGAAUACAAUAUACCCAAAUCUGUGGUGUACAGCAAAAGCCACAAUGAAGGAAAUUUGUAACAAUAAAUGCCUCCAUUAAGGAAUAGAAAUGUUUUAAAUAACUUAAAGUUAAUAAAUAAUAAUUUAUUUAAGCAGUCAGAAAUGCAGUGUCCUGCAAUGUGGAAAUCAAGACUGAGCCAAGGACUUGGAGAAGGAGGAACAGUGUAAGGCAUUGAGAGGGGUCCAUGUAUAAGACACACCAGGAGAAAGCUUGCCAGCAUCUGUCCUGAGUACUCGGACAGAAAGAGCAAGGCCAAGAGAACAACGACCUCAGCCCAUGACCUCCUUCUGGCUGGAGGGCUGGCAUCACAAGGAUCAUCACAGGAGUGAAGUACCACCAGUCCUUCUGUCACUGAAAGGCGCCAGCCUGCAUACCCAGGGAUCCGAAAAAGGGACAAACUCAGUUUAAUGGAGAGAACAGUUUGCUCCACAAGUGGCUACAGAAUAAAUAGAGAAAAUAAAUAAAUAUAGAAAAAAGUGAACCAUGUUGAAUCCAAAUGGAAAGAUGAACAUAGACAUAAACUUUAUGAAUUAUGCAAAAAUUCCCUAAAAUAUUGUUCAUUAUGUAAAUGGAAAAUGUGUAAAGAUUAUAGAGGAAGUUCUACAUAGCCUGUGUCCUUGGAAAAGGUGCCAUAGUGAGUAAAGGCGCCUGCUGCCAAGCCUAACUAUAUGAGUUCAAUUCCAGAGACCUACAGGGUGGAAGGUAAGAACUGACUCUCACAAGUUGUAUUCUGACUUGUAAAACUAAAUAAAUAUAUAAUUUUAAACAA